GGCUGCGCAGGCGCUUCCCCUUCCGGGUCGGCUCCCUUACUGACUCCUCGUGUAGAAAGCUGCAUGGGCCACCGCUUUCUGCGCGGUUUCCUGCCUGUGCUGUUGCCGCCGCCACCUCUCCGGAGCCCGCAUCUCAAGCUCAGCCUGGAGCCCGCCCCACCUUCCAAACGACCCCGCAGCCACCUCAUGGCCCCGCCCCGAAUCGGGACGCACAAUGGCACCUUCCACUGCGAUGAGGCGCUGGCGUGCGCUUUGCUGCGCCUCCUGCCGGAGUACCGGGAGGCAGAGAUUGUACGGACCCGAGACCCCGAGAAACUGGCUGCUUGUGACAUCGUGGUAGACGUGGGUGGCGAAUACGACCCUCAGAGACACCGAUAUGACCAUCACCAGAGGUCUUUCACAGAGACCAUGAGCUCCCUGUCCCCUGGGAAGCCGUGGCAGACCAAGCUGAGCAGUGCGGGACUCAUCUAUCUGCACUUCGGGCACAAGCUGCUGGCCCAGUUGCUGGGCACUAGCGAAGAGGACGGCAUGGUGGGCACCCUGUAUGACAAGAUGUAUGAAAACUUCGUGGAGGAAGUGGAUGCGGUGGAUAAUGGGAUUUCCCAGUGGGAGGAGGGAGAGCCUCGGUACCUGCUGACCACCACGCUGAGCGCCAGGGUUGCUCGGCUUAAUCCCACCUGGAACCAGCCCAACCAAGACACGGAGGCUGGGUUCAAGCGUGCAAUGGACCUGGUUCGAGAAGAGUUCCUACAGAGACUAGAUUUCUACCAGAACAGCUGGCUGCCAGCGCGGGCCCUGGUGGAAGAGGCCCUGGCCAAGAGGUUCCAGGUGGACCCAAGCGGGGAGAUAAUAGAACUGGAAAAGGGUGGCUGCCCCUGGAAGGAGCACCUCUAUCAGCUGGAAUCGGGGCUGUCCCCUGCAGGGACCAUCGCCUUUGUUAUCUACACAGACCAGGCUGGACAGUGGCGGGUGCAGUGUGUGCCUAAGGAGCCCCAUUCGUUCCAGAGCAGGCUGCCCCUGCUAGAGCCAUGGCGGGGUCUUCGGGAUGAGGCCCUGGACCAGAUCAGUGGAAUUCCUGGCUGCAUCUUUGUCCAUGCCAGCGGCUUCAUUGGUGGGCACCGUACCCGAGAGGGUGCCCUGAGCAUGGCCCGUGCCACCUUGGCCCAGCGCCCAGCACCUAUGCCUGCCCCAAAUCCCAUAAUCCAAUAAAACUCCCAUCUCAUGCUGACCAAA